AUGAAAAAAUACAUUCGUAUCGCAGCAUUAAUUUAUGUAAUAUUUUUAGCAUUGUUUUGGAUUCUUGCAUCAGGAGGAAUAAGGGUAAAAGGUUUGUUUAUUGAAGACUUUGUUUACCAGACAGAUGCAAAGCCUUUGUUGUCAGGCAAUAUAUCAAAGCGAACUACUUCAUAUACAACAAGUACUUUAAAACGUGUAUUGCCAUGGCAGUGGGAGGAGCCAAUAGAGAACACAUAUAUUUUAGAUAUUAUGAAAGGCGAAUCUUUUUGCGGUGGUAAUUUUACAGGAUACGUUGGGAAAUUUGCUCAACUUAAUUAUGUCAUUAUUGACCCUGAUAGAGGUCAAGGAAGGCAAGGCGGUGAAAAUAUAUCAGAGGUAUUAAAUCAGCCAGAGGAAAAUGAGCACUAUAUUUUACAGUCGGGAUAUUUCAAAUUAAAUUGUAAGAAGAAGAUUUACUACAACUUCAAUGCCAAAUCACACCUUAGGCAAUGGUUGAAUGUGUUGAUUACAACUGCAGAAAAUCCUGCUUAUAAAGUAACAUAUGAUAGUUGGACAAUUGCAGUAAAGCGUUAUGAGUAUGUUAACUUGUAUCAUACAAUGACAGACUUUUAUAAUGCGUUUCUGGUAUCUAAAGCAUUUGAAAUGCAACCUGGAAACAUUACCAUAUUGUGGAUAGACGGCCACCCAUCUGGAACUCUGGACAUAACUUGGAAAACUUUAUUUGGACCAAUAUUACGUGCGGGAUAUAUUCAACAGCCAUCCAUGUUUAAUCACAUGGUUUGGGGAAUUAUGGGAUAUGACAGUCCACUGAAUAAACAUAAUAGUAAGAACAUGCCAUAUUUGGAAGAAUUUCGAAAGUUUUUCCUAUCUAGACAUAAUAUUCCGACAAAAUCAGAGCUCAACUGUACUAAAUUAAAAGUAAUGUUUCUGUGGAGAAGAGACUAUGUAACUCAUCCGCGAAAUCCAUCUGGGUCCGUCUCUAGAAAAAUACAAAAUGAAAAUGAAUUAUUAAAUAGUGCAAGGAAACAUUUUGUCGGUCAUGACAUCUUUGGAAUUCAGAUUGAUAAGUUAGAUAUGAAGAAUCAGCUAAAACUUAUAGCACACGUCGAUAUUUUGAUUGGGAUGCACGGAGCAGGUCUUAGUCACACACUGUUCUUACCUAAACAUGCUGGUUUGAUAGAGCUCUAUCCAACAUACUGGUCAAAUACUAACAUACAUUUUAAAGCUAUGGCAAGGUGGAGAAAUCUUUAUUAUCUAACAUGGACCAAUAAUGACAGAUCAAAAGAACUUCCAAAUAAAUAUAUAAUAGUUGAUGUUAAAGCUGUUACAGAUUUAAUUGGUAAAAUGAAACGCAAUGUAUGCAGAUAA